AUGGAGCACUUAAGGAAAGUUUUCCAAGUCUUGCGGGAGAAUGAGCUAUACAUCAAGAGGGAUAAAUGCGAGUUUGCACAAUCAAAUGUGCACUUCUUAGGCCAUGUUAUUAGCAAUGGCAAGCUACGCAUGGACGAGGAUAAGGUACGUGCUAUCCAGGAGCGGGAGGCACCUAUAAAGGUAAAUGAGUUGAGAUCCUUCCUUGGCCUUGUUAACUACUAUCAUCGUUUCAUCAGUGGCUACUCAGCAAAAGUUGCACCAUUGACUGAGUUGCUAAAGAAGAACAAGACAUGGGUUUGGACGGAGCAUUGUCAAAAGGCGUUUGAAGGCCCUAAGGCAGCUGUAACAGAGGAGUCAGUCUUGGCGCUACCUAACUUUGCCAAUACAUUUGAGGUGCACACAGAUGCCUCAGACUUUGCCAUUGGGAGUGUCCUAAUGCAGGAUAAGCAUCCCAUAGCAUUUGAGAGCUGUAAGUUAAAUGAGACGGAGCGGCGUUACAUGGUGCAAGAGAAGGAAAUGAUUGCCAUUGUGCAUUGCCUUCACUUGUCUUGUCUGUCAGCAGACAAGGUUGAGCAACAACAACCCAGAGGACUUUUGGAACCGCUACUAGUUGCAGAGCGUCCAUGGGAGAGCGUGACUAUGGACUUUAUCACUUGUCUACCGAAGUUUGAUGGUUAUGGUACUAUUAUGGUGGUCGUGGAUAUAUUUUCUAAAUAUGCCACCUUCAUGCCCGCCUCACCAGGUUGCACUGCCAAGGAAGCCGCCAAGCUAUUCUUUAAAAACGUGGUGAAGUAUUGGGGCUUACCAAGGCAUAUUAUCAGUUAUCGAGACCCCCGCUCUACUAGGAACUUUUGGAGAGAGUUAUUCAACAUACUUGGCACGGAACUACACUUUUCCACUAGUUUUCACCCACAGACGGAUGGACAGACGGAACGGGUCAAUGCCUUACUGGAAUGCUACUUGAGGCAUUAUAUAAGCGCGUAUCAGAAAGAUUGGGCAAGGCUCCUGGACAUCGCCCAAUUCUCUUAUAACUUACAGCGGAGUGAGUCCACGGGGCGGACACUAUUUGAGCUAGUCACAGGCCAACAACCACAAACUCCACAUUUAUUACCAGUUGCGUUUGAGGGAAAGAGUUUGGGGACUUAUCAUAUGGCCAAAGGAUAG